AAGAUCUUGAAUUUUUUGAAAUUAGAAAAAAACCUGUUGUGCCAUUUGUAACACAAUGCUUAACACACCUUGAAGCUUUACUACAAUUAGGUAUUAUUGAACCUCCUAUUAAUGAAGAAAUCAAAUCUAAAUUUGAAAAUAACCAUUUUGAAAUAAAAUC